AUGGCCAAGUUUACACUGCAGGAUUUCGAACACCGCCUUGCCGAUGAUGAAGAACUUCUCCGUCCUAGCGAGGAAAAAAAGAUGAAUGAACAGCAACUCGUCAUCUUCAACAAACUCUUUGCCAAGUUUGGAGACGAUUGCGAGAAAAUGAGCAGGGACACGAAGAUCAAUGUGUUUCAGUGGACCGAGGGGCAGUGCAGCCGCUUCCUGCGGUUGUAUACCGCGCAGCACGUGUGUGCCUCGGCGAAGGAGCAUUUGCUGCCACAGCUGACCAUGGCACCGAGCCCAGCACACGAAAGCCUCCUUCAGCAGCAUCAAGAGAUUGCCGAGAAGAAGAAACAGGAAGUGGAGUCGCGAAUUCAAGAUCAACUCAGAGAGCGUGUGGGCAAGAAGAGUAGGAAGCCGAAGAUAGAUACUGUGACAUCGAAGUUGUCCCAGGCUGGGGACUCGAGUGCGGCGACGAUGGGGUCGAAGGCUACCUCAUCUAAAGCCGCGAAACUCCAGUUAACGCAGAAGAAAAAGAAAACAAAGACCCUCUGA